GAGAGCGAAACGCGAAACUUUGAUAACAACAGGAAGAGUAGACACAACAGAGAUUGCAGCGAAAUUUUUGUCAUUCGUUUCAAACCACAGUUCAUUUUAUCAGACUAGGUCCAGUUUGCAAGGCACCGUUGCUCUGUUGCUAAUUAAGGACUCAGCGAAUAACAAAAGCGAAGCAAUGUCUGGUGGAUUUAUCCAGUUACCUUACAGGUUCUCUGAAGACAUCCGAACACUUGACAGCGGCCCCCUGUUCGAACGGAAGUUCGAAACGAACGUUCGGUACGAAAGCGACCCUCAGCAAUACCGCACGACGUUAGAGAUGAAGAAACGUUACAUUCCAUCACACUUCUGCAGUACCAUGGUUAUUGACCUCGAAACAAUGGAGCAAGAGUCUUACAAAGAAACUCUGGAAGUUGUAUCGCGCAUCGUCCCGGUGGGCCAUGGCGAAACGGUUUUUAGUUUCGAAAAAGAGCCGUGCACCGUUUACACCAGUAGCGUCACUUAUGACACGCGGUCAGUUGACUAUUGGUACACGUCUGGAGUCGACCUGAUUCCCAUAGAGCGGCCGGCGACGUGUCAAGACAACAAUGCUGGGAGUAGUGGCCAAGAGGAGGACUCUCUCAUUCGUCAUGAGUUGUGAUCAUUCAUUCCAGGUCCAAAACCUCCAAAUACGUCUUGUAAUAUUCUCGUUCUGUGGCUGGCGCAGCAGCAUAUAUGCGGACAAAUUAUUUUUGUACAUCUAUAAGAGUUAUAGUAUAUGACAUUCCAACGGUUGCAAAUAAUAAAGGUUCAGCAUGCUUUCA